AUGAGAACGGCGUUGCUGCCGCCGACCGGAUCGGCGGUAUCUCACCUGAUGACCGAGGAAGAACAACCACCGGCCGGCCCAGGGGAGGCAGACCCGCAGUUUUUCAUGUCUGAGGCACAGCUUGAUAUGGCCAAAGCAUGGACAUCUGAGGAGGUACUUCACUGCCGUGCGAGGUGGGAGAAAUACUUGGAGAUGGUGCAACUCUCGGCUCUUUGGGAAGACGGCCCCGGGACGGAGCAGGACAGGUAUCGAACUGUCUUGGACGGGCUGUCGGCCGAGGAUGAUCGACUGGAGCAGCAAGGAUCAGACAUUUCACUUCACAGGGAGAAGUGGGUAAUGAUCAUGCAGAGCCGUCGAGCGCGAGCUGUUCUUGCACCACACCAAGGGCAGCUGCAGGUCAUCUCCGACGCUGCUGACGCGGUGUUGAGGCAUGAGGCGCAGCUGCUCCAGAUGAGGGCGCAUCAGAAAGAAUGGCUUCAGGCUACUUCCGAGAACCCCGGGUGGCUUUGCAACCUUAAGAAGGUCCGAAUGGGCGACGUUGGAGGUGCAGACUCUUGGCAUGUUCACGUUACUACCAGACUCUCCAACUCGAGGUACUACCUGGGCCACAAUGGCGGCGACUACAUCUUUGAACAUGGCGCCGGCAGAAACGCAGGCUGCGACGAAUUCGGCCCGGGAGACAACGUGUGGGAUCCAAACGGUCCGGCGUGGGAGCAUCCUGGCUUACAUACCGAGUUUGGCCUCGGACAGGGCGACACCGAGACAGCAAGCUUUGAAUUCCGAGGUUUGGUGCCACGUAACUGGAGAGAAUACGCGGCGAGGUUUGAACAUGUAUGCAAGGAGGUCCUGCAGGUCCUCGCCACAAUCAUUUCCUUUGAGCCAGAAGGUGAUGGCCCGCUCUGUGGUGACGAGUACCGACACAUCCCGGCAUUCAGUAGCAUCAGCAACCGAGAGCUAUGCCAUGUGCGUAACGCUUGGAAUACGCGGGUUUCACCCAAUCUCCCGUACCUUUGCUGGGCCCGGUCCAUGUUGGACCACCAUCCCCGGGUUUGCGAGUUCGCCUACUUGGUCGAGCGGCUGGAUGGACUGAGCGGUGGACUGACCAGACUGGCAAUGACACCACUUGUCGAGACGGUGGUGUCGGCCACGAACAUGACGCUUGAAGAGCUACACGCCGCCCAUGAAGGGAUCUUGGCGAGGGAGGCAGCAAGAGAAUUGCACGAAUUGAGAAAUGUUGAACGUUGUGUGAUUUAUGACAAUGGAGACGGUGAAAUAGAGGAGAUUCAUACAUUUUACGCCCAGCCGCAAUUUCGUGUUGACCCUGUCCACCCGAGCAAUCGCUUCAAUCGCCCACGAGUCGAGGCAGCGUGGCAAGUAGCAGUCACCCUUUGCCGUCGCGAUUGGCAUUGGGCUGAUCGUACCGCUGCAAAGCUUCUAGCCCAGCUCCGUGGUCAACUCGGCUUGCAAUCCUCGGCCGACGACAUCGCGAAACCUGCUUCCCAGUCUGUGCAGCCACAACCUCGUCAACUCGGUUCACGUCGGCCGAGACCACAUCUGGCUGAGGAGGACACUCCAACGAUAGAAGUAAAGCAACGGCCAAGAACGGAAUCCACUUCGCCAGUGGCAAGAGGCGAGAAACGGGACGCAGAAGAAUCGCAACCCACGUCAGAGUCAGGACAUCAGGAGGAUAAGCAACAACCAAACGACACUGCUGCACCUCCGCCGAAACGACGUCGUGGUCGCCCACGCAAGCACCCGGAAACGUAG